CUGACACCUCAUCCUCUCUUGACGGAACUGCUGCCCUCGUUUGGAACUAAGCUACUCUCUGAGCCGGCCAAUCAGGCUGACGCGAUUCAGUUGAAAAUGGAAAAAUCGUCUCGUCCUUCCGUCGUGCCCCACUUGUCGAAACUAAGCGGUAGCCAUGACUACGGCCCCAGCGACUCCGGUGUCUUCCGAUUCAACCGACAUCAGCAUUGGGAGGUGCCGUCUUCUCGAUUGAGCCAGACUCAUCGUCAUCUGACCUCCGGUGGUCCGUUCAGCCUGCUCUUCUGGAUCAGAUUUCAAGGAGGAGAAGGACAGAGUCGAGGAUCCAGUGCAACUGUGGAGAGUCCGGAUGAUCCGCUAGACGCAUCUUCCAUUGGCCUGCGAAUGAAUAAGGCCAUCGGUGGCACCGGACGACAGGCCAUCGUUUGCAACUCGGACAACUCAGGUGGGCUAAGCAAGAAAAUCAUUUUUUGA